AUGAGAGUGGCAGUGUGUUUGUGGAGGCUGGCAACGAAUAUAGAAUACAGGUCUCUCUCAAAUUUAUUUGGCAUCGGAAUUUCCACCUGUUGUGUGGUCACACAGGAGGUAAUAACGGCCAUCAACACAGUCCUCAAGCCAAUAUUUAUUAAACCUCCAAGUUUGGCCUACUGCCGAACAAUCACUCAAGCGUUCAGAGACAAAUGGCGAUUCCCCCAAGUUGUGGGUGCCAUAGAUGGCUCAUACAUUCCAAUUAAGGCACCGGUAGAUUCACCAUCCCACUAUUACAACAGGAAGGGGCAAUACUCCAUUAUUCUUCAGGCUGUGGUAGACCACAAAAUGAAGUUCUGGGAUGUAAAUAUUGGACAGCCAGGACGAGUGCAUGACUCCCGGGUUUUAUCCCUGUCUUCUUUAUUCGACCACAUGCAAGCAAAUGACAUUUUACCACAGUGGACUGAGGUUUUUGAGGAUGUGAACGUGCCUCUUUUCCUUUUAGGGGAUAAAGCCUACCCCAUGCUCCCAUGGAUUGUAAAGCCUUACCCUGACAGAGGAUUAAGUGCCGAACAGGUCAGCUUCAAUUACCGCCAGAGCCAGGCCAGAAUGGUUGUGGAGAGGGCCUUUGGGCGGCUCAAGGGUCGCUGGAGGUGCCUGAUAAAGCCACAGGAUCACCACAUUACUUUAGUUAGCCAGGUGACAGCAGCAUGUUGCGUUUUGCACAAUUUGUGUGAAGAACAGAAUGAGGAGUUCGAUGAGGAGGACAACUAUGUGGAGGACGAAGAUGAAGAGGAGGAAGGUGGAGAGAAUGAGAAUGACGGACAGAACGAACAAGGGCAGCAGUGGGCUCAUGCUAUACGAAAUGCUCUUUGUAGGUACUUUGCAAGAUUUUGA